GACAGAUUCUGGGUGUUCAGGGAGGCUGACGUGAUGCCAGGGUACCCACAGCCCUUAUAUCACUACGGAAAAGGCGUUCCUCCACACGGGAUCGACACGGCUAUCUGGUGGGAGCCCAACGGACACACAUACUUCUUCUCUGGAGACAGGUACUGGCGAUACAACGAGGAGACGCGGACCACAGACCGCGACUUCCCCAAACCAAUUAGCAGAUGGGGCAGGAUCCCUCCCUCCCCUAAAGGAGCCUUCCUCAGCGAUGAUGGGG